AUGGGACGCGCCAGUAGAACUGGUGACUUCAUGCAUGGCAGACAAGUGUCGAAGCAGCAGCAGCAGCAGAAGGCAGCAGAGCUAGGUGCAGGGAAACACAAUUCCCAUUGGCGCUUCGUGCCUGCUGAAGGUGCUGGUGCUGGUGCCAUUGGCGUUUUGCCUUGUUCUUUCGUUUAUAAACUGCGUUUUGGCCUUCAAUUGUUUGCCUGCAUUCCUUGCUCCUUGCUUUCAAGAUCUAUAGCAUCUUCGUUGUCAUGCUCAUCAAGUAUACAAACUAGGUCUGGUCCAAUUGAUGGUGAGGUGUUGUGGAUGCAACCCAAGCAUGUUUCAGAACAUGUUUGGAAUGGGAAACCAGACAGAAAACUACACAUCAGACGAGCAGUCCCGACUUAUCAAGGUGAAGAACAAAUACCAGAGGAAAUUGUUCCUCUGCUUCGACAAUGUGGGUUUUAUUGGAUCAUGAAGAUGGGAUACCUAAAGAUAAAUGCGGCCUUAAUUAGUGCGUUCAUUGAAAGAUGGAGGCCCGAAACCCACACGUUUCACCUGAGAUGCGGAGAGGCUACCAUUACUCUCCAAGAUGUGUCAGUUUUAUUAGGUCUACGUACUGACGGGGCACCAUUAAUUGAUUCAACAAAUCUUGUUUGGGCCGAUUUGUGUGAAGAAUUAUUAGGAGUCAGACCACAGGAAGGCGAAAUUGAAGGCAGUGUCGUCAAAUUAAGUUGGUUGGCUCACCAUUUUUCUCACAUAAAUAUUGACGAGGGUAACGUUGAGCAAUUACAAAGGUUUACCCGUGCGUGGAUCCUUCGAUUCAUAGGAGGUGUCCUCUUUGUUAACAAAAGUAGUAGCAGAGUUUCCUUAAGGUACCUACAAUUUUUACGUGACUUUGAACAGUGCAGCAUGUAUGCGUGGGGACCUGCCAUGCUUGCAUAUUUAUAUAGAGAGAUGUGCAGCGCCACCGAUUACAAAGUUAAAUCAAUCGGAGGUAUGUGCAUCUUAAUCCAAAUGUGGGCAUGGGAACGAUGCACGACUUUGGCUCCAAAGAGGACGCCUCCCGUCAUAGAAAAUAAACCACUUGGACACAGGUGGCUGCGACGUGGAAAUCAGCAUAUUGGCAAUGAUGAUCUUAGAGUUUUUCGUCGCAAAUUGGUUUUGCUGGGUGAACAAUUCUUACUGGUUGAGGAAUUCGCAGGAACCAAUGGCGCCUCACUCUUCCAAAAUCGCAACCACCACUGGCGCCUCCCUGCUGCAGGCCAGUCUGCAACGCUGCAACCUAGGGCUACGCAUUUGACUGAGCCAGGCAUCACCAAGUCGCCACUACUGUUGGCGCUUCCAAAGCCACCUCAGCAAAAGGGGACGCGCUGCUGGGAAUGGCGCUUCCAUGCAUGGCCUGAUACGUACGAAACAGCACCCCAUGGGAAAUACUUCCAAAACAGCCCUAGUUUGGGAAAUUCUUUGUAA